GUUCCUCCAGCAUUUCGACGGUUGCACCUCUUAGCGGAUGGACUCACACAGCAACAUGCCCCCAAGCAACCCCCCAUCCGCGCUGUCGGUUCAAGAAGGGUUCAACGGUGCCAUCAUCAGCCAGGAGCGCCACGCCCUUCCCCCCCUCGUCUUCAGCUUCGAGGUCACCUUCCACCUCGCCCGGUGGCCCCCCUCCCUUCGCAACAUCAAACCCCCGAAGCAUUUCCACCCGUACCAGGAGGAGUACGUGGAAGUCCUGGAGGGGUUCCUGUGCGUGGAGGUCGGGAAUCAGGCGCACAUACUCACUCCGCAGAGCGGACAAUUCCGGAUCCCGCCGUGGGUGAACCACCGGUUGUAUCCACCCCCGGGCGUCACCGACGGGACUAUCCGCUUCCUCCUCUCCGGCCAGGAUACGGCGGAAUCGUUCAAACUCGACACGAUCUUCUUCACGAACUGGUAUGGCUAUCAGGAGGAGACCGUGGUGGUGGGCAAGCGAGUGGAUAUGAUCCAGGUUAUGUGUAUGUUCGAUGCCGGUGGCUCCUAUCUGUCUCUCCCGGAGUGGGUACCCCUCGGAAAGAGGCUCGCCAUGGGGAUGGGGAUUGUGCUGGGCCGCUGGCUGGGCGGGUUCCUGGGGUAUCGGCCCUAUUUUGAGCGCUGGACCCGGGCGGAGGACUGGCCUCUGGCCCGCCGCCGCAUGCAAACCGCUUCAUACAAUCUUUGAUGUGGUUAUAUCAACAGCAGCCGACCUACAGAACUAGUAUAAUACACUGGGCCGGAGACAGUGG